GACAGUUUAUAUGCAAAUUUCUAUCAAGUCAUAGAUAAAAUUAACAAUAAAAAAAGUUCAGUUUAACAUAAGCUGCAAAAAUUAAAACAUGUGAAAGGUCAUAAGCUGCCCUCUUCCACAAUGCCAGCUUGAUAUUCCUAAAGUUUUAAUAUCAUGGUAGUUAAACUGGGCAUACAACAAACAAACAUCGUGAAGAAUAGGGUUACGAGUCGCGGCAGCAGCGGUGGGGGUGACGCUCGGCUCGCGGUAACCUCCCAGUGGCAGCGGCCCUGCCGGCCCUCCCUGUGUUCCUGGCCGUCUCUCACAUGGUGAUUGGGUUUCAGCGCAGGGCUCAGAGCUGUGGGAACGAGUCAUCACACUGGCGGCCUGCCUGGGAGACUGUGCUACGCUCCACCAGGGGGAAGGCACAUGACAAGGGGGGGUUUUGUGAGCCCAAACAAUGUGCCGUCUUCACUGUUUAACCCAGGAAAUUCACUACAGCUAGAGCCUCCAAAUAGAUGAGAAGCCCAUGUGUGAAAGUGUGUCGGUCUGCGUGUACGCAGAUAUUCCCUAACAACUUUGAAUAGUCCUAUAAUCUUAAUAUAAUCAAUGUUUAUUGAAAUAUUUGAAAGGAUUUUCUGUAUGUCCACUAUAUGUAUUAUGUAAAUGCUUGUUUUCCUAUCAAUUUUAAAGUAAUAAAAACUUUCCAAACAAUAUUUUAUCUUUAAAGUACUGCCUUAUAAAACAUAUGUGACCCUGGACCACAAAACCAGUCUUAAGUAGCAUGGGUAUAUUUGGUAUAUAGUUUUACACAAAACAAAAAUAUAACAUAAAUCGUUAGAUACUCGGAAGGGCUAGCCAAUAAGCGCUAACCCGUUUUGGCAUACGUGAUAUGAACUUCAAAUCACUGCUGACAGGAUUCCUUCCUUAAAGUUAUUAAGUAAUUCGUACACUUAAUAAACCUGACUACAUUUUGGCAAGCCAUUCUGCAUCCUCAUCUCAGCCAGGAACCCUUUACCUAGAUUUCCUGCCUAUCCUGCAGACUGUCCAAGCUCUGUCAGGCUCUGAAACACCGUCGCCUUUCUUGUGUAAAGUGUUUCUCACGCUUCUGGGGCCCUCGGGUGCAGAACGCGAGUGCUGAAGCUGGGCAGAGUCAAUUAUCAGGGGAAUGAAGUUUGAGACCUCCAUUCGGUGGCUCGGGGCGUGUUUUCUUUUUUUCGGUGGGUGUUCCCAAAAGCAGGACGUGGGCGUGAAUGUGAGACUGAGGCUCCAGCGGUUCGUGGGAAAGACGCUCAGAGAGUUUGGUGACUGUACCUGUGCGCACUGCAUCAUGAAGCGGCCUUGUGAGGACAGCACGUCCGACAGCGACAUGGAUGAAACUAUUGAUGUGGGCAGCGAGAAUAACUACUCUGGGCAAAGCAACGGUUCAUUUAUAAGAUGUGGCUCACCUACCACAACAUCUCAAGUCAUGGCCAGAAAGAAGCGGAGAGGGAUCAUUGAGAAAAGACGAAGGGACCGAAUAAAUAAUAGUUUAUCAGAGUUGCGUCGUCUGGUGCCAACCGCGUUUGAGAAACAGGGAUCUGCCAAGUUAGAGAAGGCGGAAAUAUUACAGAUGACAGUGGAUCACUUGAAGAUGCUCCAGGCCACAGGAGGAAAAGGAUAUUUUGAUGCUCAUUCUCUGGCCAUGGACUUCAUGAGCAUCGGCUUUCGGGAGUGUCUAACUGAAGUGGCGAGGUAUUUGAGCUCCGUUGAAGGUUUGGACUCCAGCGACCCCCUUCGCGUCCGCUUGGUUUCUCACCUCAGCAGCUGCGCCUCGCAGAGGGAAGCGGCCGCCAUGACCACAUCAAUGGCCCAUCACCAGCAGGCCCUCCAUCCGCAUCACUGGGCCGCUGCUUUGCAUCCCAUCCCGGCGGCGUUCCUGCAACAAAGCGGACUUCCGUCCUCAGAGAGUUCCUCUGGCAGGCUUUCUGAGGUCCCUCAGAGGGGCGCAGCCCUGCUGACCUCCUCCUUCACCCAUAGUGACUCUGCGCUCAGAGCGCCCUCUACAGGCAGCGUCGCUCCUUGCGUACCGCCGCUGUCCACCUCGCUGCUUUCGAUAUCGGCAACCGUUCACGCGGCGGCCGCUGCUGCGGCAGCGCAAACCUUCCCUCUAACAUUUCCCGGAGGAUUCCCGCUCUUCAGCCCCAGUGUAACAGCAUCUUCGGUGGCUUCUUCCUCCGUGAGCUCUUCCGUUUCCACAUCCACCACAUCCCAACAGAGCAGCGGAAGCAGCGGAAGCAGCAGCAAACCAUAUCGACCGUGGGGAACUGAAGUGGGAGCGUUUUGAGUGUUGGAUUUGCUCUUGUUGCAUCUGGACGUCUUCCAUACUUUGUACAUAAAGGAAAGAAAACAGCUAUUGUGCCUGCUUUGGUUAGCACCUUGGGGUUUUUUCCUACACUUGUGCACAUAUGCAACAGCAAACAUAAGCCAACUUUCUGGGAGGGAAAGGAAGACAGACUUUACACUUCAAGCUGUGUGGAAACCCAUAAGGAUGAAGAAAAAUCAGUUACUGUUUUAAUUUCAUGUAAAGGGCUGUACUGUGUGACAGUGCCUGCAUAAACACUGCUAAAAUGCUGCAUUUUGAUAUUUCUGCAUAGAAAAAGCAUACGUGAUUUCACAAACACACACAAACAGUAGCUUUAGAAUGAAACAGAACAGCUUGUUCAAAAACAAACCAAAGGUUUUGCAGAUAAUCACUAAAGUGAGGUGUGAAUCAGUUUUGUAAUCUAUGAUUUAACAAUCCAGUUUGUAAAUUUGUAUAUGUGUAAGAUUGUAACUAGAGUUUAUAUUGAAAUUAGACGAGUUGGUAUGAUGCACUUCAAUCACUACUGUUUUUUGGGAGGAGACGGGAUCUUCUCCACUUUACACAAUAGGCCUACUGAAUUUUUUAAAAAUAACAUUCACUAAUACUCAUAUGUGAGAUUUUCUACUACUGUAAUUUUGUUACCUUUUUAAUAACCCUUCCAUGCUCUGUAAGAUGUAACCUUUUUCUAUGCAAAAAAGAAAAAAACAGAUGUCCCUAAAGAAACUGGGUGUUUGUUUUUUAUUCUGAGACUUGUGCCAUAAA